AUGACAAAAAGGAUCCGAUGUAUUGAACAUAUUAGGAGAGAUAUAUGGUCGAAGUUUGGAAAUUUAAGAGAUGAAAGAAUGGGAUCUCGAACGAGUUAUAAUCCUCAAUGGAUUCAUCCAAAAGAUAGAAUUAAAUUUUGGAAUAUUGCAAUAGGAGACCAAGUUCAGAUAAUCACUGGUAAGGAUAAAGGCUUACAAGGAAGAGUAAUAGAGAUUGAUAAAAAAACGAAUCGACUUAAAGUAGAAGGAUUAAAAUUGUGUAAAAAAUAUCUUCCUAGAGUGCUACGGACAAAAGAGACUGCAAAAAGUGUUCUUGAAAUGCCCAUGUUUAUUCAUUAUUCAAAUGUGCGACUUGUUGGUGAGAUUCAAGGAGAAGAAUAUGGAACUAAAAAAUUAAUUAAUAUUAGACAUAUUAAUAAAGGAAAGCUAUUUUAUAAUAAAGAUAGAAAAUUAUUAACAUGGAGACGAUGGAUAGCUGGUGAGAAUAAAUUCUUGCCAUGGCCUACUAAUUUACCGAAAACUGAAAAAGAGCGAGAGCAAGUAUAUAAAGAUCAUAGAGUAGAUACGAAAAUGAAUGAUGUUUAUGCAAAAACAUUUGUUCCUGUUUUAUAUUCUCCUCCUUUUCCAUUAAGUUUAGAAGAUGAGCUUCGAAAUAAAUAUUCUAAAUAUCGUUAA